AUGCGGUGUCGGUCAUUCAGAACAUCCACAUCCGGCCCCUCGUCUCCUACUCGAGCACCCACGCCGGGGCUCUCGGCUCGCAUUCGCAUCCACGUCCGGCCACUCGCCUCUCACUCGCAUCCACGUCCAGCCACUCGGCUCGCACUCGCAUCCACGUCCGGCCACUCGCCUCUCACUCGCAUCCACGUCCGGCCACUCGCCUCUCACUCGCAUCCACGUCCGGCCACUCGCCUCUCACUCGCAUCCACGUCCGGCCACUCGCCUCUCACUCGCAUCCACGUCCGGCCACUCGCCUCUCACUCGCAUCCACGUCCGGCCGCUCGCCUCUCACUCGCAUCCACGUCCGGCCACUCGCCUCACAUCCACGUCCGGCCACUCGCCUCGCACUCGCAUCCACGUCCGGCUACUCGCCUCGCACUCGCAUCCACGUCCGGCCACUCGCCUCGCACUCGCAUCCACGUCCGGCCACUCGCCUCGCACUUGCAUCCACGUCCGGCCACUCGCCUCGCACUCGCAUCCACGUCCGGCCACUCGCCUCGCACUCGCAUCCACGUCCGGCCACUCGCCUCUCACCCACAUCCACGGCCGGCCACUCGCCUCACAUCCACGUCCGGCCACUCGCCUCUCACCCACAUCCACGUCCGGCCACUCGCCUCACAUCCACGUCCGGCCACUCGCCUCGCACUCGCAUCCACGUCCGGCCACUCGCCUCACAUCCACGUCCGGCCACUCGCCUCACACCCACAUCCACAUCCGGCCACUCGCCUCACAUCCACGUCCGGCCACUCGCCUCACAUCCACGUCCGGCCACUCGCCUCACAUCCACGUCCGGCCACUCGUCCCGAUCAGAUAACCCAAGGUUUUUGGUCCGCCAUGAAUUAUGGUGAGAAGAGUCGUCGCUUCUUGAUUACGAUUACGAUAAGAGUCGUAAACAGCCACCGAGACCCGCCGGGGUUCGGGCGCUGA